AUGGCACGCCCAAGUAAUGCGUGGACUGGCUUUGAUAACCUAGACUCGGAGUCUGAUCAGUACCAUCGCAUCCUGAAGCUGCUGUCCACUGCGAAUUUUGAAUACCUCGAGACUCGGGCACUCGGAUUUCGCACAAAGAAAGACAAAACGCUAUCACCCGAUGUUUCUUGCAGCAUUGAUACCAGUCGCUUUACCUGUGGCUUCAAUAACCUCAUUCUCGAAGUCGUCUUUUCCGACCAGGUAUAUUGGGUUGCACGCAUCCAGCAUGGUCCCGUUGAUGCAUCGAUCCAGGAAGAUAUGCUUAGUGAGAUCGCAACAAUGCGUCUUGUUCGCGAACGCACAUCAAUUCCUGUGCCUGAAGUCUUUGACUACGCUGUUUCAGAUACCCCGUUUGGGUAUCCCUAUAUGUUGGUGCAGUGCCUGCCAGGGAAACCUUGCGAUAGCGUAAUUGCAACAGCAGCUCCUUCGAAACAUUUUCAAAAGGCUGCCAGUCAGGUUGCUGAUAUAUUCUUUGAGCUCCAACAGCUAUCGUUUGACACCAUCGGGAAAGUUGUAUCGAGUGGUGAUGCUAGGUCAGAAUUUGAAUUGAUUCCACACGGGCCGAAUAAAGAUGCUGAGCCGCCGCAAACUUCGCUUGAUUACUUUUACAGAGAGAGAGUGAUACAGAACAAAGAGAUAGUGUCUGUUCACCCGGACGACCCGGACUGGCUGACUGCUUGCUGGGUGCUUAAGAUGGCAACCGAUCACAUCUAUACCGAUGACAGGAUCGAUGGCCCGUUCCCUCUCUGCCACCUGGACUUGCACCAUGGUAAUAUCCUAUUUGAUGAAGAAUAUAACCUUACUGGAGUCUUGGAUUGGAGUCAUGCCCAAACUGUGCCCCUGGAGCGCUUUGCACUAUGUCCGGAGUUUAUAACUUUCCCCGGCCGUUCCGACGACGAUAAUCGACCGAUCAUCGAGUUCAGGGACCUGGUUAUCCAGGCUAUAAAGAAAAGGGAGGCCAAAGAGCGUGGAAGCCAGGACCAGGACUGUUCGAAAACCCUCCUCUCGGCUUUCAUGGAGUCUCCCAAGGCAGAGAUUGCUUACUUCUGUCAUAUUAGUAAUUCCCGUCAGGCACUCUGGUUUGCACAGCGUGCUCGUAAGGUCAUGUUUGGAGAAGAGAUCACUUGGGAGCAGUUAAAGAAGGUGUACGGGACAAAGCCACUCUGUUAG